AUGGGGAACACAGCAAGUUCCCACAAGAUAUCGGCUCAGGACAAAGCAAUCCUGGAUAUGAAGAACCAGCGCGACAAGCUCCGCCAAUACCAACGACGCAUAACGGUGCUCACCGACCGAGAAACGGAUAUAGCUAAAACCAUGAUUGCAAAGGGCGAUAAGCCGAAAGCAUUAUUGGCAUUACGGCGCAAGAAAUACCAGGAGUCUUUGCUGGCGAAGACGGAUGCGCAGCUGGAGCAGUUGGAGAAGCUGACCAGCAGUGUGGAGUUUGCACUCGUGCAGAAAGAUGUUGUGUUUGGGCUACAGCAGGGCACUAAUGUGCUGAAUGAGAUACAUAAGGAGAUGGGGGGCUUGGAACAUGUGGAGAAGCUUAUGGGCGAAACGGCGGAUGCGGUUGCGUAUCAGCAGGAGGUGAGCGAUAUGCUAGGUGGGCGAAUAUCGAAUCAAGACGAGGACGAGGUGGAAGAUGAACUUGAGGCGCUAGAGGCGGAGGUUACAGGCGUUCCAUUGCCCGAAGCCCCUACGACGGAAUUGCCAAGGAAGGAAAGGGCGAAAGCUAGGCAAAGGGAAAGAGAAGAGCGGACGGCCAUGUUGGCUUAG